AUGAAUAAGGUUGAUGGAAUGAAAAUCGGAGUGAUGAACAGGAACAAGAACACUAACUUAUCUGGUGGUUCAUAUUGUGCUUUUGAAGAAGACGAAUCCUCCGACAGUGAUUCUGAUACCGGAUUUGACGAAUAUAUGGAAUCCCUAAGAAAGGCCUGCUCUGUCACAGGUGUCGACGAUUCAGUCGAUGACCCCCCCAAAGCAUCCACCGCCUGUAGAGAUUUUGGUGAUACCUAUGCGUCUGAGGAUGAAGACAUUGAAGAAGACCCAAUUGCCAAAACUUGA